AUGGAGCCCUGGGUUCCCCUUCCACAGCCCCAGCCCCAAGGGAAGCCUGUAGCACAGCCUAAGGGGCUUCAGAAGGGUGGCUACCAUAAGCCCAUCGUCCCUGAGAAAUUCUACCAGUGGUCAGACCUUCGAGGUGGCCCUCCACCAUGGCCAGAUCAGCAGACAGGUUACCAGAGGCCAAGUCAUCUGUAUAGACCAGGUGAUCAGCGUAGAAUUCAUUCUGGGACUGAGUAUUAUGAAGGUGGCUAUCCUGGUCAGCUAUAUCCCAGGUCAGGAUAUGAGAAUCCAUAUCAGCAUCAUCCUCCGACAAGCACAAGGGAAGACUAUAGCUAUGGAAGUUAUUAUCACGGACACCCACAGCUACAGAAAGAAGAACGAGUUCCAAGGCAGGGGAGUCCCUACACUAGGCAUGGAGAUUAUAGGGACCAGAACCCCUACAGCGACUACCGUGAGGAAAGACAGAGCAGCCCAUUUGGAACAAAUGGGGAAAUCCAUUUUCGGUCUAAAAAUUAUGAAAUGCACAAAGAAAAUUCAGUUUCUGACCCUGCUGGGCAAGAAAAGCCUGGGGAAGAAGACCUACAGCAUAGCAAGCUGGAAGGGGCCAAUGAGCUACCAUUGGCCAGCGAGUCCAGUUUGCUGCAGCAGUAUAAGGAGUCGGGUCUUAGCUCCAGCAGCUACGAGCUAAGCCAGUACAUGUUGGACUCUCCUGAUCAAUAUGAUUCUACCCCUUUCAAGACUUGGAGUCCUGUUCAAACAAAAGAUGCAGCUGUUGGACCUGUGGACCCUAUGAAGUUCUUCAUCCCUCAUGCACCUGUUUGCUUUGGGCCAGGGGGUCAGUUGAUACUGGUGUGUCCCAACCAUCCAGCCGAUGGACAGACAGCACUUGUGGAAGUACACAGUUUGGAGGUUCUCCUUAAUGACACUGAGGAACAAGAGGAGCUAAGAGCUUUCUCAGGACCACUGAUCAGGGAAGAUGUGCACAAGGUGGAUGUGAUGCUCUUUUGCCAGCAGAAGGCAGCUUUGAGUUGCAAGGCUGAGACGCCAAGGGGUAGAGACUUGGCCCUGCUCUGGAAGUUGCUGGUCCUCCUUUGUCGUCAGAAUGGAUCGAUGGUGGGGUCAGAUGUAGCUGAGCUGUUGAUGCAAGACUGCAAGAAGCUGGAGAAAUAUAGGAGACAAGCCCCAGUUGCCAACUUGAUCAACUUGACUGAUGAUGAUUGGCCAGUACCGAGAUCUGGGACACCCAACCUGCUCACUGGUGAGAUCCCACCCAGCAUAGAGACCAAAGCCCAGAUUAUCGAGAAGUUCACUAAACUGCUCUUUUAUGGAAGAAAGAAGGCAACUGGGAAAGGGCAACUGGAGGCUGCUCACUUCUGCUACUUGAUGGCCCAUAUGCCUUUUGGUCACUACUCUGUGAAGACAGACCACCUGGUUUUGCUGGGCAGUAGCCACAGUCAGGAGUUUUUGAAAUUUGCAACCACUGAGGCCAUCCAACGGACGGAAAUCUUCGAAUACUGUCAGAUGUUGGGACGCCCCACAUCCUUCAUCCCUUCUUUCCAGGUCUACAAACUGCUUUAUGCUUCCCGUCUGGCAGAUUUUGGUCUCCCAUCCCAAGCCCUGCAUUACUGUGAAGGUAUCAGCUCGGUCCUCCUGAACCAGACAGAGAGCAGCCACCCUGUGCUAUUAGCAGAACUCAUCAAGUUAUCAGAACAACUGAAGCUGUCAGACCCUCUGCUCUUGGAAAGACGUCAUCGAGGGAAAGAACAAGAACCUGAAUGGUUGGUAAAGCUUCGAGAAAGACAAAGGGAACUUGAGUUUGUGAAAAAGGCAGAAGACGACCUUGGUGAUCCUGAUUUCAUUUACACAGAUAUUUUAAAAGCCAGACAGCCAACAGCAGAAAACUCCUUCUACCAAGAUUCCCAUCAAGGUCAGGGCUACUCAGAACCCCUCAGAUACACCUCAUUCACACAGCUUCCACCAGAAGGAACAAGUCUGAGUCAGCCAAAUAUGCAGCAGCCCCUUCCUUUCCAGCCCAUCCUGAAUCCUUCUGGGGAAGGACCAGGGUAUCCAGGCACAUCAGUGCCUCUUUAUGCCAGGCCAGAGAUGACAAUGGUGGUGUCCUCUGCAAAACUGCAGCCAGAGGAAGAUCAGCAGGCACCCCCUCCCCCUGAGGAUAUCCCAGAAUCUCAAAAAUCAUACCAAUACCAGUACCCUGAGAUUCAAAAGGACUCGGUAGCUCCUAGGGUUCGAGGAAUUUCUGAGACUUCCACCAUUUCUUUGGAUGAGGAAAAAGAAGACUCUUCAGAUGAUGAUGAAAAGAAAGCUGAUGAAGAUAAUGUAAAGGGCAAGAAGGAAUCUGGAAAGAGUGAAAAGGGCUCUGGGUUUGGAUGGUUUGGUUGGUUUCGAUCAAAGCCUGCUAAGAAUGUGGAGCCUUCUGGGGAAGAGGACUCCUCCGACAGCCCUGACUCUGAGGAGUCAUCCGCCGAAGCUCAGGCUCCCUUGGCUAGCGCAACCCCCUCUGGACCAUCUAAUUCAUUUUUUCUGCCUCAGCCAGAUGCCAACACUUUCUCUAGAAGUCUAGGUAAAUAUGAUUUUAUGAUGGUAUUUAGUGAAAGAAGAGGAUCCAUGACUAAUAAAAGUCUUCCUGGGAUGGAGGCUGCCCCUCAUGAGCUUCAUUUCAAUCCCGGUGGUCUACCUCCUCCUCCCACCUUGGGAAACGCUAUUCCUCUUUACAACCCUUCUCAGGUGCCUCAGCUCUCCAUAACCACGAGCACGAAUCGGCCAAAUCGCCUUGCUCAGCGACGCUAUCCAACCCAGAAAUGACAGGAAUAACUUAGCACAUCUUUUCUGGACUUUAGUUUUUCUCCCCCCACCAUGGCUGGAACAGAAGAUAAUGGUUCUGCCUUUAUAUAUGGCAUAUUUUCUUAACCUCCCAGCCCUAAUGUCUUGAUCUGCCCUCUUGGGAAGCUAUGGGGGUCCUUAUUACCAGAUCAUUAUCUCCACAAAGACACUGGAAGGCCAGGAUUGUGGCCUGGUUCAUUAUUUGUUGAACUGCUUCAAACAAAUAGAAGGGUAUUGCUUCAAAGGGUAUGUGUG